AUGAACGUUCCUAAUCAGAAAGCUCUUCAAGCAAUGUUCGAUCAGAUGCAGCGUGAUCACCCAAUUGGUGGUAUUGCUGCUCGUUAUGUUGAACAAGCACUCAAGAAGCACCCAGUUUCACUUGAUAAGAAGAGCCGUAACAGAAAGGUUGGCUCCAAGCACAUCAAGAAGCCAUAA